AAGGGGAGGAAAGGACAGAGGGUGGGCGCUUCCUAGGGAAGCCCGGGGAUGAGUCACCAAGAGACAGGAGAGCGGAGGGUGGAGAGGAUACGGACACCGGGCCUGCCGGGGGCCUGCAGGGUGGCCGAGCAGCAACAAUGGAAGACAAGCAAUGCAACAGCAACAGGAGUCAGGCUGGACACCAGGAAGACACAGCCAGCGGUCCCCUGAAGUGUGUUACCAAGGCUCUGCAGGGCUGCAUGCAAUGAGGGCCUGGUGUACAGGCUCUGCCCGAUUGAGGCAAGAGGAGGUGAAACGGACCGAGUGUAAUGUGAGGGACCCAGAUGAGACAACAGAAAGGACUUGGCUUUGAGAAGUACGAGGUUCAAGUUCCAGAGGAACGGGUCCGGUUUAGGAAGCAGCAAUGGACAGAGCCCUGAGUGCCUUCAGGAGGUAGGUGCUCUAUUUCUUGCACCAACCAGGAGUUAGACUAAAUGGCCUCCAGGGUCAUGUCCUAGCUCAGAUUCUGGGAGAUUCUGAGCCUACUAGGAUGGGUCCCGGGCCCACUCCCCACCCCUCCCAGCACCCAGCCUGCCAUCCUAGAGGCAGAAGAAAAAGAGGAUCCCUCACUGACCAUAUCGGUCCCUCGACAUCUGCUCCUCGUAGGGUCCCCUUGUCAUGGGACAGAAGCUCAGUGUCUGUCAUCUUGGGUGGUCCUGGGGGGAAUCCCAAGAGAAGGAUCAGGGCAAGUGCCCUGUGCUGGGGGAGACUCACGCCCAGGGCUCAGAGGGAGGCAGGGAGGCCAGGAAGCAUGGGUAUGGGUGUUCAGGACGGCCAUGGCCCCAAGUGCUAAUUGACAGAGCAUCCUGUGGGAGCACAUGCAGACUGAAUGAGUGAACGAAGAGGGAGCUGGAAGAACCCUAUGAAAUUGGGGGCUCCGGUCCAGCACACAAAGGCUUCUUGGGUGAAGGAAGCUAGGAGCUGAUCUAGGACUCGGGUCACUGGGGAGGAAGUGCAGUGUCAGAGGUAGGGGAGGGGAGGGCUUGGGAGAGGAAGCCCUGGGAGGGGAGCAUGCAGGGCUGGACAGUGAGAACUGGGGAAAUAGGCUCUACCCAGAGCGGUCGGUCACUAGAGGAGUGGAGCUCACGCCGGGGGCAGGGUGUCCACCCCAGCAGCAGUGAGAGCUUGGAAGCUCAGGCCGAUGGAUGGGCUUAGAACCUUGAGCCCGUGAUCAGCUUAGGCAUCAGAGAUUUGGACGUCCAGACCAUCUGCUUCAUCCAGAGACUGUCAGCUGAGCAGGAGCUGAGAGGCUCAAACACCAGCUUGCCUGGGCCGGGCAGGAGUGACUUGAAGUGCACGCUCUUUCCUGGCAGGACCAGUCUCUCCAGGGUGGGAUGGCCCAGGAGCUCAGUGAGAAGGAGCUAUUAAGGAUGGAGGUGGAGCAGCUGAAGAAGGAAGUGAGGAACCCAAGAGCUCUGAUUUCCAAGACAGGAAAGGAAAUCAAGGAUUACGUGGAGGCCCAAGCAGGAAACGACCCUCUUCUCAAAGGCGUCCCUGAAGACAAGAACCCCUUCAAGGAGAAAGGCGCUUGUAGGAUAAGCUGAUGGCGCCUGAGCCCCUCACCCUGACGGGCCCUUCUCGGCCGCACUCCUCGCCCAGAGCCAACCGUCCCAGAAGCCCCAGCGAAUCAGUGAAUUCCCUCCUUCUCUUAGUCACGGAAUGAGUAAAGCUAUCUGGCUGCA